AUGGCCUAUAACUACGGAUACACGAGCAACUCAUAUGGCUGGCCGGUACAGACCAACGACAUGCAAGCCUACCAGUCUGGGCUUACGAGACCGUGCCAGGCGACACCACAGCACCGACGGAAUCAACAUCCACAGUAUCAACGGCAACACCAGCGACAGCAGGAACAACAGUCGCAGAGUGGGCCGCUGUUCGUGCCGUACGAGCCCACAAGCUUAUACAGCUUUAGUCAGCAGGGUUCAGGUCAAAGCGCCGUCCAUGCUUUCCAACAGCACAUGGCAAUCCGCAGUAAUGGCGCCCUGCUUCAACCAACUUCCGCUCUACCGGAUCGCGGCAAUAGCACGACACAAUCAAUUCCCGCCAGAAUUGCCAUCCACUCCGCGCUAAAUAGGCUCAAUUUGCCUGCCUUGUCGGAGCCUACCCUGGCUCAGGUACAGGUCCGGGAACUGCAGGCUGAGGUAGACCCGCCCAGCUAUUUUGAUGAGGAAUAUGCACAAUAUCGAAUUUCCUUGUGCAUAGCUUUUGACCAGAUCCACAAGGGGAGACUGGUGGAUGCGGGGCGAGAGCUUCUGGAAAUUUCCAAGUGGCUUGUGACUAAAAAAGAAUACAAUGGAAUCCUACGCAGCGAUUUGUCAGAAAGCCUGGUCUUAUGGACUGACUUCAACCACUGCUGGCUGGCAUUGUUUCAGAAACAGAUGGAUAUGACCCAAAUAGUUACAACCGAUUUGCCUACGGGAAUAUUGAAAUUGGACCAAAUGGAGGCCAUGGGCAAUGACCUCAUCCAGCUCUGUGACGAGUUGGAGCCGUAUGGACUGGUCGAUUACCAGAAAGGUAUCUGGGAGGAGCAAAUAAUUAACAGCGAAAUCAGCUACAGCGUUAUCUAG